GUCGUGUACGAUUACUGACUUCUAAUUUUACGCGGCAUCGCGUAAAUAACAUCGAUUCGAAAUAUAAUACUCUAACUUUAAUCAAACAUUAUUAUACUCAAGUCUAAAUGUGUUUAAUGAUUUAUUUCAGUGACUUUAUUCGACUUACUAUUAUUUAGAGAUAAAUUUUGAAUUAUCAUUCUCUGGCUUUGACGUGGUUUAUAAACACAGUGAUUGUAGAAACACACGAGCACGUAAUUCUUACUUUUGUUAACACGCAGUGUUUGAAAAACAAUUAGAGUUUGAAACGUAGGUGAGGAGUGAGUUUGUUUUGACUGGCGGCAUCCUGCGGCCAGCGGCCGGAAGUUGUGCACGAAUAAGGAACGCAUCGAAAUAGCAACUUCAUAUUCAGCGAAACGGUCACGCAUGCGACACGGAUGGAGCCGAGGUCCAACUGAUAGUCGACACUUCCUGACCAGCUGUGACCCGACGCGGCCGCUCAUCGGCAAAAUGCCUUAUCACAGACACUAUUACCAGCCUCUUAUUGAUAGAGUCGUACUGGGAGAUUUAUCAGUCGUCAACGCAACCCGAACGCGUGCCCACAUAAACGAAGUCAUUAUGUAAAAUAUUAUCAUGGAACAAACAUUCAGAAUUAAAAUUGUGACCGGUUGGUGUUAAAAUGGGUGAUUUGUUACCGAGUAUACCAAAGAGUACGUUGUCGAGUGAAGUAGACGGGUACAACUGGAGUGUUGUGGGAUUGGAUGACUAUAAAUCUGAUGCGGAAUUGGCUGCAGUAGAACUAUUCAAAGAUUAUCCCGAGGGAUUGUUACGGUUUGCGUCGGUUUGCUGCGUGCUGUUCAUGCUGGUCGGGAUACCCGGCAAUCUUAUUACUAUUAUUGCGUUGGCAAGAUGUAAAAAGGUUCGUAAUGCGACAGCGGUGUUUAUAAUGAACCUGUCCUGUUCCGAUCUCUUGUUCUGUUGCUUCAACUUACCGCUCGCCGCGUCCACAUUCUGGCAGCGGUCAUGGGCGCACGGCCGCACGCUCUGCAGAAUGUUCCCGCUGGCAAGAUACGCUCUGGUUGCUGUGUCCCUCUUUACUGUGCUGGCUAUCACAAUAAACAGAUACGUUAUGAUAUCACAUCCGAGAUUGUACCCCAAGCUCUACAAGCGCCAAUACUUAGCAGUAAUGGUCGCCAGCACAUGGAUAUUCUCGUUUGGAGCUCUAAUAGCGACAUGGCUUGAAAAAUGGGGUCGCUUUGGACUUGAUCAAUCCAUCGGUUCCUGUUCCAUUUUACCGGACAGCAGUCACAGAUCUCCGAAAGAAUUUCUAUUCGUCGGCGCGUUCAUGCUUCCCUGUCUGGCGAUAGUCAUCUGUUACGCGAGAAUUUUUUGUAUCGUCAGAGAAGCUGCUAAAAGAUCAAGAGCGCCGGCAAGAGGAAGACCUAGAGCUGUACCUGGUCUCGAAGAUUCCGCUAUGGGAUCCGCGUCGACAGCAUUAGAACGUUCUCCCGGGCCAGAAAAUGGUGUUAACCACACCGCUGUACCACCGCGAAGGGCUUUAUUGGCACCGCCUGCUUUACAUUGUCCCCCUACUCCAGGCCCGGAACGAUCAUCAUCCUCAGGUGUAGAUACUCUCGAUGGACAUGAUGAAGAAUGUGUCCUAGAUGGGAAACCGCGAACACCGAGCGGCGGGGAGACGGCUAAGCGACUGCGACUGGCAGCCGUAGCUCUAAGGCGGUCACCUGCGCCAGUGAGGCCACCUCGAUUAACUCCCAAAGACAGGAAACUUCUGAAGAUGAUAAUGGCGAUCAUGCUGUCCUUUUGGGUGUGUUACUUACCCAUAACUUUGACGAAGUUAUUCCGUGAGUUUACUUCACACCCUGCGGCUAACAUCGCUGGGUAUUUGCUGAUAUAUUUAACCACUUGUAUCAAUCCUAUCAUCUACGUGGUGAUGUCGAGCGAGUACCGGCAAGCGUACAAGAACUUGCUCAUGUGUCGUAGAAAGGCGUGACGAUCGCCCGGCGAAGGCGUCUCCGAGAAACGCCCGCCGUGACUAGUCGUGACUCACUGAACAAAUCUGUGCGUAACAAUGAUAAAGCAUUACCAAGAUUCGUUUUGUGUAAACUUAGUGAAUAGACAUCGAACAUUGUAAUGUGCGUGGUGUAGCAGUGACAUCGAUCUGAAUUUUAUUGCAUUUAUUUCCUAAAUUAAGUUAAAAUGUAAGCGUGCCGUCCGUGUGUUAAAUGAAUGAAGCGUGUAAUUGUGUCAAACGAAACAAAUUUUAUAUCAAUAAUAGUCAUUGUUAGAUUUAAUCGUGGUAGGUUUUGUUUCGAUAAUAGUUGUAUUUUAAACAAAAAAUAUGUUAGUAUUUAAAUA